AUGACUGGUGACGGUGGCAAUGAUUGCGGAGCACUGCGGACAGCCCACGCUGGCAUAGCGCUGUCAGAAGCUGAAGCUUCCAUGGUGUCUCCUUUCAGCAGCAGCAGGGGCUUUGCGGAGAAAGGUUUCAUCAGCCUGUCUGCCGUUGUGGAGCUUAUAAAAGAAGGGCGCUGCUGCUUGGCAACCAACAUGGCAACUUUCAUGUACUUCAUGGUCUACAACCUGACAUUGACCUCGUCCAAGAUUGCAGUCAUCACCUGGACAGACUCUACCUAUUCGGAGUGGCAGUUCAUCAUGACAGACGUCGGCUUGGCUAUGAUCAUGGUGUCGUUCAUGGUCAGAUGUCGCCCUGAGAAAAAGCUUGCAGCGACCUCACCAAGUGCAUCCUUAUUUGGAACAAGCACGACCGUUACAGUCCUCAGUGCGCUACUCAUAUACUGGCUCACAGCGGGCAUUGCGUUGCUGCUGUUGCAGUAUGGCCCCGGCAGAUCCUUCUAUGAGUUCAGCACCACCAUCCUUUCCGAGAUUCCAACACAGGAAUGGACAAGGAAGUCGGACAACUAUUUGAUCGCCACCCUGUUUUUAGUGAACCUCACCGUGCUUCUCAAUACUGGCUUUGUGUUAUGCUAUGGUCACGUGCAUCGGCAAGUCGUGAGCAAGAAUUGGAGGAUGUGCACUUUCUACUUUGUGGGCAUUCUUCUUACCCUUGCCCUUACUUGGAUGAAGCCGAAUGAUCUUACUUGCCUGUUUCGGAUCAAUUGUGACACAUCAGCUUCUCGGCAGAUGAGCAUCCCCUUCAUUAGCAAGCCGGUUGGUGGAAUCACCUUUUCCUGCGGAAGCUUGGGCGGAUGCUUCUUGGGCCCCCAGAUGGUCAGCUGCAAGAGUGAGGACCGCCGAUGCUGGAUCACUCCGCCCAACGAGUUUCACCUCAAACCAAGCUGGUCGUCAGCCUUGAAUGUUUCGCGGCCGAAGGCGCCGUUUGAUACACGGCUGCAGAAGAUAGAGUACUGCCGCCAGCACGCGUACAAGAGUGGUGCUGAGAGUCUGGGGAACAAGUGGUGCUGGAAGCCUCUCAACGGGGAGGAUCCUUUGACAGUUUGCGGACCGUUGCCGUCACGAGAUUUGGGGCCCAUGGUGGAGGGCUGCAGUGGACCCAACAAUUGCUUUGGCUUCGAUUUCAAGGUCGCUCUCACUGUGGUGCUCGCGCUUUGCGGUGUUGCACUACAUGCUAUGUACAAGCUCGGUGUGCUGGGUAUCUCCGAGACAUGA